AGUGAAGAAAAAGUUGGAAACAAGCGAGGAUUCACAAAUAACAGGAGAACAGAAUGUGAGUCCAGAUGUCGAUCUUUCCAAAAAAACUGGGAGACAAGAGACAGCAGGCGGUCAACCGGGAGAUGAGAAAGACACGAAAAAUCCCCAACCGCCACAACCAUCACCAGAACCAAACAAAUUACAGUCAGAAGAAACACAUCUACCAAUUCCAGCGGAAAAACAUUUAAAGCCACAAGACGGAGGUCACCCACAGAAAAAGGAGAUGCUACAAACGAAAGAUUCUUCACAGCACGAAGAAGGAGAAACAAUUUUCUCGGAUACAAAGCGGAGUGCAUCAAAGGAAAUUACAGAAGCUACAACACCAUUAUCCGCCUCCAAAUCUGGCAGCGGUAUUGCAGGAAGCACGGUGGAGAACAGUGGUGCUAACAAUCCUCAACCUCCUGCCACCUCAGUAAAACAACAUGAUUCCGAGGGAGAUACUGGCUCCGUUGCUCUGCCAGCCAGCAACACCGAAUUGCGAACAGAAGAAAUAUCUAACGCUGGUAUAAUUGCCACGACACAUGAUGACGACAGCGACGACAGCAGCCCUGCAGCUCCUAUUGCUGAAAGGCCUACCGCUGGCACAAGAAGCACUCAAGCCUCUGGUGAUGCGAGUGACCUUGAACAGUCUAAUGACGACGUCAAUGAUGACGUGGCACACAAAGAUAAAGUUGCAGAAUUUGAAACCUCCUCAGGAGACAGGGACACUGAGGCAGAUAAUGAGAGAUACACAACAGUACCACAGAAUGCCACCAAUAAAACAAUCAAUACAGAGAUCACAGCAGACAGCGCCGGCAGCAUCGCGGCCUCCCACACCACCUCCCCUCUUUUGCUUCUUCUUGUUGUUGUUGCGUGUGCGGCUGCUGCGGUGGUGGCCGCGUGA